AUGCCUCAACCCCCUCCAGCAGCACAACCGGCCCCCCCUCCCGGCCACGGCAGCGACACCCGCUUCUUCGGCUCGCAGAUCGGCGGCCGGUCCGUGAUCAACUAUGGCUACACCGACAUGCCGUGGAAGCUCAUGGCGUGGGACGUCUACUACUUCUUCCGCUUCUUCUGGGCGAUCCCCUACAUCGUGUGGCCGCUGACGCCGACGGACUCGGGCGACCUGAGCGAGCUGGCGCCGACGUGGGGGAAUGCCUGGGCGUUGUUUAUUCACUUGCUGUUGGGCAUCGUGCAGGUGGCUGGGUUGGUGUUGCUGCCGGCGCUGGUUGUGUUGCCGGUUUGGACGGCGGGUCUGGCGCUGGGGGGGUUUUUCUUGGUGAAUAGGGUGCUGUAUUCGUUGUUGAAUGGUGAGGGGGUCGAGUAUCAUUCGGAUCCCAAGUAUGCCCCGGCCCUGCCGGAGCAUGCCCAUGAGCAGUGGAUUUUUAUUAACGGUGUGGCGGCCGGAUCACACUGGAUGCAGGGCAACUUGAACCGUCUCGCCGUAACCUUUAAGCGGCCGAUCCUAGGGAUUCACAACAAGACCGCCGGCAUCCUGUUCGACGUUGUCGAGUGCCUGAUCCAGCGCAACUGGGGCUACGCCACAAAGGACGUCCGGGUCUGCUACCAGAUCAUGAAGCAGACGCUGUACAACCCGCAGUACUCCAAAGUCGUCUUCAUCCUCCACUCACAGGGCGGCAUCGAGGGCAGUCUGAUUAUCGACUGGCUGCUGCAAGAACUACCGCAGGAUCUUCUCGCGAAGCUGGAGGUCUACACUUUCGGCAACGCAGCUAACCACUUCAACAACCCGCAUCGACACAUCCGCACGCAGCACCUGGCCAAACACAACCCCCUCGCGGCAUGUAUCGACUCAACCCGUCUCGCACACCAUCACCGGGAGUCCAGCCGGGUCCCUCGUCUUCGCCAGCCCACCCGGCCCGGCUCCUCUUCAUCCUCCUCUUCCUCCGAUGACCAACCCCCCCUCAAAACCACCACUACCACCACCAACCCCAGACGAACCCCAGCUAACAAUAAAAUCAUCCCAUCUCUCCCCCUGGACCUCUCAACCUCCACCACCUCCCCACACCCCUCCUCCCUCUCCGACCGCGCCAUCGGCCACAUCGAGCACUACGCCCACACGACCGAUUUCGUCGCCCUCUGGGGAGUCCUCCACUUCGCCACUUCCUCCCCUUCCUCCCAGUUCAUACCACGGUUUAUUGGUCGGGUGUUUGCGCGGACAAGUCCGAGGGGGGGACAUCAGAUGGUGCAGCAUUAUUUGGAUGGGAUGUUUCCUUUGAGACGGGAUAGGGGGACGGGGGGGUUGUUGAUGGUUCAGGUUAACAAGGAUGGGGGUGAAAGGGAGUGGGUGCCGUGGGGGGUGGAAGAGGAUGGGAAUGAGUUUAUGGAGAGUGAGGUGUUGGUUGGUGGAGGAGGAGAUGGGACGGGACGGGACGGAGACGGGGAAGUGGAGAGUGACAGUGAGGAUGAGGAGGUGGAGGUGCAUGAUAGUAGUCCGGUGAUGUCGAGGACCGGGAGGGGGAGUAUCAAAGGAAAGAGUAAAAAGAGGGAGCAGGGGGUGAAAGUAAAGGUCAAGGUGAAAGAGCUGAGUCGGUUGUGGCAGUAUCGGAAUGGGAAGAGUCCUGAGGAGACGCCGCCGUUGUUGGUCAGGGGGCCGGACGGAGUCGUGAGGAAUGCGACGAUGUAG